GGACUGAAGCAGAGUUCGGAAAGAAGGGAAAAGUUUGCAUCGGGACUGGAUUUAUUUGCACAUCGCAGAAAGAAGAGAAUCCAAGGGAGAGGGGUUGGUGCAAAGCCGCGAUCACGGAGUUCAGAUGUGUUCUCAGCCUGCUGGAGUGAACACACCACCAAGACCUGAUGGAGGCCAGAGCUCAGAGUGGCAACGGGUCGCAGCCUUUGCUGCAGGCGCCCCAUGACAGUGGCAGGCAGCGUGGGCAGCCGGACCCCAGAGAUGCCCUUACCCAGCAGGUACAUGUCUUGUCUCUGGAUCAGAUCAGAGCCAUCCGAAACACCAAUGAGUAUACAGAGGGGCCUACUGUGGUCCCAAGACCUGGGCUCAAGCCUGCUCCUCGCCCCUCCACUCAGCACAAACAUGAAAGACUCCAUGGUCUGCCCGAGCACCGCCAGCCUCCCAGGCUCCAGCCCUCGCAGGUCCAUUCUUCGAGGGCCCCUCUGUCCAGGUCCAUCAGCACCGUCAGCUCAGGGUCUCGGAGCAGUACAAGGACAAGUACCAGCAGCAGCUCCUCUGAACAGAGACUGUUAGGAUCAUCCUUCUCCCCGGGGCCUGCGGCUGCUGAUGGGAUAAUCCGGGUGCAGCCUAAGUCUGAGCUCAAGCCGGGUGAGCGUAAGCCACUGAGCAAGGAAGAUUUGGGUCUGCAUGCCUACAGGUGUGAGGACUGUGGCAAGUGCAAAUGUAAGGAGUGCACCUACCCGAGGCCCCUGCCGUCAGACUGGAUUUGUGACAAACAGUGCCUUUGCUCGGCCCAGAACGUGAUUGACUAUGGGACUUGUGUGUGCUGUGUGAAGGGUCUCUUCUAUCACUGCUCCAGUGACGAUGAGGACAAUUGUGCUGACAACCCGUGUUCCUGCAGCCAGUCUCAUUGUUGUACCCGGUGGUCGGCGAUGGGUGUCAUGUCUCUUUUUCUGCCUUGUUUAUGGUGUUACCUUCCAGCCAAGGGUUGCCUUAAAUUGUGCCAGGGGUGUUAUGAUCGCGUGAACAGGCCCGGAUGCCGAUGUAAAAACUCCAACACAGUUUGCUGCAAAGUUCCCACUGUCCCCCCCAGGAACUUUGAAAAGCCGACAUAGCAUUAGUAAUCAGGAAUAUUAAGUAAUAAGGAUCGUUUCCCCACCCUCUUUUUUUUUUUAACACACAUAUGCAACCAACUAAAUAAAACAGUUGUAAUCUUGGCACUGUUCAUAGAGGGUUAGAGUUUUGUUGUUUGCAGUGAGAUGCUUUUUUUUUUUUUUUUUUUUUUGUCCAUGUGCCAUUUUUAACUUGAUACGCUUGCUAGAACUCAGCUAAUGGAACUCCAAGGAAAGGGAACGGAAGUUGGUGACCACAUACUGCAUAAGCUAAAGCAGCAGACACUCCUAGGCAAAGUUUUUUUUGUUUGUGAAUAGUCCUUGCAAAAUUUGUAAAUUAGCAAAUGACAUCCCCCCUCAUUGUUUUCUCCAGAGAUAAUGUGCUAUAUUUUUGUAUAUACGAUAAUAUUUGCAACUGUGAAAACAAACAAGUUGUGCUAUACUCCAUGGCACAGUCACAAAAUAUUAUACUAAUAUGUUGUACAUUCGGAAGAAUGUGAAUCAAUCAGUAUGUUUUUAGAUUGUAUUUUGCCUUACAGGAAGCCUUUAUUGUAAGACUCUGAUUUCCCUUUGGACUUGAUGUAUAUUGUACAGUUACAGUAAAAUUCAACCUUUAUUUUCUAAUUUUUUCAACAUAUUGUUUAGUGUAAAGAAUAUUUAUUUGAAGUUUUAUUAUUUUAUAAAAAAAGAAUAUUUAUUUUAAGAGGCAUCAUAAAUUUUGCCCCUUUUAUGAGGAUGUGAUGGUUGCUGCAAAUGAGGGGUUACAGAUGCAUAUGUUCAAUAUAAAAUAGAAAAUAUAUUAACGUUUGAAAUUAAACUGAGCUUGUUUUAUCUUA